AUGGCGAGCUCGAAUCCCUAUCUCCCAGUCCCCGGAAAAUCAUCUGCAAAUCAAUAUUCAUCAAAUCCAUUUGCAGUCGCACAACCCUCUACAGGCCCACAACUCCCCGCAAACGCGCACGAAUAUGACAUUGGCAUGUAUGAGCAGGCCAGCGUCUACGUCCCAGGCGCUGCCAUCGUACAGCGCGGCGCUGGUACAUCUACAGCGUCGCAUCUGGCUGCUGGAGGCACCGGGCGAGGCAAGAAGACGACGGUGGUGCGGCGAGGAGGCGGAAAGACGUGGGAGGACCCAACGCUCUUGGAGUGGGAUCCACAAUGGUUCAGGCUCUUCGUCGGAGAUGUGAGCAACGACGUCUCGGACACCCUCCUCGCGGAAGCGUUCAACAAGUAUCCAUCCUUUACCAAAGCAAAGGUCAUUCGAGACAAGCUCAGUCAAAAGGCCAAAUUCGGCUUUGUCGCCUUUUCAGACCCCGAAGACUUUCUCAAGGCGUGGAAGGAGAUGGACGGCAAAUACGUUGGAAAUCGGCCAAUCAGGCUGAAAAAGGCAGACUCGAAUGUCCGCGCUGUAGACCUCGGGAAGCACAAACAGAGAGCGCUUCAAAAGGAGAUUAAAGCUUCCAAUCGACUCAAGCCGUAUUAG